UAUUUAUAUUACAAUGCAAAUCAUCAAAAAUAAUAAAAUUAUGCCACAGGUCAAAAGGGUCGUGGGGACAUCAAAACGUGGAAAUCCUACUCCCACUGGCCAAACAGAUCCCAAUCGAAUUCAAGACACAAUAAUUGAGCUGUGUGUGUAAACCAAGAAAUGGGGAAGAAAGCGGUGUUGAUUGGAUGCAACUACGCCGGAACCAAGGCGGAGCUCAGGGGAUGCAUCAAUGAUGUCAAGAGAAUGUAUCGUUGUCUGGUUGACCGUUACGGAUUCUCCGAAGACGAUAUCAAAGUCCUUAUCGAUGCAGACGACUCCUAUACCCAGCCUACCGGCCGUAACAUCCGCCAAGCGCUCGAUGAACUCGUACAAUCGGCGGAGCCUGGCGACUUCCUCGUUGUUCAUUACAGCGGACACGGUACUCGCCUUCCCGCAGAGACCGGUGACGAUGACGAUACCGGAUAUGACGAGUGUAUAGUUCCCAGCGACUUCAACCUAAUUAACGAUGACGACUUCAGGGACCUUGUGGAUAGAGUCCCCCAUGGUUGCAGAAUCACCAUUAUAUCAGAUUCAUGCCACAGUGGCGGACUAAUCGAUGAGGCUAAAGAACAGAUCGAAGGUGCACUACAAUCCCGGGGCAUUCACAUCCCUUCUGCAUUCCGCCAUAAGAAUCGCGAGGAAGAAGAGGAAGUAGAAGAAGAAGUAGCUUAUGAAGGCGAUGAUGAAGUGAAGAACAAAUCUUUGCCUCUUUCAACCCUAAUCGAAAUACUCAAGCAAAAAACCGGGAGAGACGAUAUAGAUGUCGGGAAAGUGAGACCAACAUUGUUUGAUAUAUUUGGUGAGGAUUCCAGUCCAAAGGUGAAGAAGUUCAUGAAAGUCCUCUUAGACAGGUUCCAAGGUAACAACAGCGGCGAAGACGGCGGCAGUGGUGGUGGGUUUUUUGGAAUGGUCGGAGGUCUGGCUCAGGAAUUCCUAAAGCAAAAACUGGAAAACGACUCGGAUUACGCAAAACCUGCCAUGGAAACAGGGGUUGGAAGGAAGGAAGAAGCCUACGCCGGAUCUAAGAAAAAGGAGAUGCCGGAAAACGGAAUUCUGAUCAGCGGUUGCCAGACCCAUGAGACGUCGGCGGAUGCCACCCCGUCUGGAAAUAAGGAUCAGGCUUACGGAGCUCUUAGCAAUGCGAUUCAGACGAUUAUUGAGGAAUCUGAUGGUAGUGUUAGUAAUUAUGAUCUGGUGACAAAAGCAAGGAAGUUGUUGAAGAAACAGGGGUUUACUCAACACCCAGGUCUUUAUUGCGAUGAUAAUCAUGUCAGGGCUUCUUUUUUGUGCUAA